UUAUAGAACAAGAACCAUGGAAGCUAAGAAACCUAGCAUUUCUAUUUUAAUGUACUAUCCUUCCUACAUUCUUUUUCUUACUACUACUACAACCAAUCUCUCUAGUUAUAAUGAAAGAUCUUGAAGAACAAACCAACCUUGACACUCUAGCCCAUUAUCAUGACUUCUCUACUUCAUUUUCAUCAUCUAAUGGCUUAAAUUCUCCUUCAACCAUCACCACAAAAAUCUCAAUAGAAUAUAAAGUGAAAAAAAUCUCAAAAAGAGUUAAAGAAUUCAACUGCAAAGGAACUGAUCAUAUUGGUGGCACCGAUGAAAACAGGAAGAGAAAGAAAAAAGAGGGAGAUGACAAGCAUCCGACAUAUAGCUAUAGGGGAGUUCGUAAGAGGAAUUGGGGAAAAUGGGUGUCCGAAAUUCGAGAGCCAAGGAAGAAAUCAAGAAUAUGGCUAGGAACAUAUCGGACGGCUGAAAUGGCGGCUCGAGCUCAUGAUGUCGCGGCUUUAGCCAUCAAAGGACACUCGGCUUACCUUAAUUUUCCUUACUUAGCUAAUCAACUCCCACGCCCAGCUUCUACUUCCCCUAAGGACAUUCAAAUCGCUGCUGCAAAAGCCGCAGCCACCACAUUUCCCGAGGAGGAAAUGAAGUCUCGAGCCGAAUCGAGCCAUGAAAUCUCGAGCCCAAUGGAGCCACACAGUUCAUGUUCAUCCACGGAUUUAUCGUCGGAGAAUAACCAAGAAUUCGUAAAAUCUCCAUCAACGGACAAAGAUGAUACAUUUUUCAACCUGCCUGAUCUUUCAUUCAAUGAAGUAGAUCAAAUUGGCCGUUAUUCUGAUCCAAAUUCAACAUGGCUGCAGGUUGGAGCCGAUGUUGGAUUCUGGCUCGAGGAGCCAUUUUUAUUUGUGUGAAAGAAAACACUUUAAAAAUCAACCAUUAUAGCAAAAGCCAAAUUUUGUAAACUCAUGUUCAUAUAUGUCUACCAUAGUUUUCUAUUUUUAUGAAUUUCUUCUUUUUGCUGAACCAAACAACAAUAAUAACAAUGCUUCACUGUCAAGUAAUAAUUAGAGAGCAAAUGCCCCCAGGCUGGAUGUCAGGA